GAGAGCGAGCGAGAGAGAAAAUCAAUCGGUUUAGAAGGUUUGGACUCACUUGACAGGUUCAGUUGGAGGCGACCAUAGGUGGCUGCUGUGACAAAGGGAAAUUGUGCUUUUCCAGCAUGCUAACUGACCCUGAUUUACCUCAGGAGUUUGAAAGGAUGUCUUCCAAGCGACCAGCCUCUCCGUAUGGGGAAGCAGAUGGAGAGGUAGCCAUGGUGACAAGCAGACAGAAAGUGGGAGAAGAGGAGAGUGACGGGCUCCCAGCCUUUCACCUUCCCUUGCAUGUGAGUUUUCCCAACAAGCCUCACUCUGAGGAAUUUCAGCCAGUUUCUCUGCUGACGCAGGAGAACUGUGGCCAUAGGACUCCCACUUCCCAGCACAACACAAUGGAAGUUGAUGGCAAUAAAGUGAUGUCUUCGUUUGCCCCGCACAACUCAUCUACCUCACCCCUGAAGGCAGAAGAAGGUGGGCGCCAGGGCGGGGAGUCCCUGUCCGGCGCGGCGCUGGGCACCCCCGAGCGGCGCAAGGGCAGCCUGGCAGAUGUCGUGGACACCCUCAAGCAAAGGAAAAUGGAAGAGCUCAUCAAAAACGAGCCAGAAGAAACUCCCAGUAUUGAAAAGCUACUAUCAAAGGACUGGAAAGACAAGCUUCUUGCCAUGGGAUCAGGGAACUUUGGAGAAAUAAAAGGGACUCCAGAAAGCCUGGCUGAGAAGGAGAGGCAGCUCAUGGGCAUGAUCAACCAGCUGACCAGCCUGAGGGAGCAGCUGCUGGCAGCCCACGACGAGCAGAAGAAGCUGGCAGCGUCUCAGAUCGAGAAGCAGCGGCAGCAGAUGGAGCUGGCCAAGCAGCAGCAGGAGCAGAUUGCGAGACAGCAGCAGCAACUUCUGCAGCAGCAGCACAAAAUUAACCUUCUUCAGCAGCAGAUCCAGCAGGUCCAGGGUCAGCUGCCUCCUCUGAUGAUCCCCGUGUUCCCCCCAGACCAGCGAACCCUAGCAGCAGCUGCCCAGCAAGGAUUCCUCCUUCCUCCUGGCUUCAGCUACAAGGCGGGCUGCAGUGACCCCUACCCCGUUCAGCUGAUCCCAACUACCAUGGCAGCUGCUGCCGCAGCAUCGCCGGGCUUAGGCCCUCUCCAGCUGCAGCAGUUGUAUGCUGCCCAGCUGGCUGCCAUGCAGGUGUCUCCUGGAGGCAAGAUCCCUGGCAUUGCCCAGGGGAGCCUUGGUGCUGCCGUGUCCCCCACCAGCAUCCACACAGACAAGAGCACAACCAGCCCUCCUCCCAAGAGCAAGGAUGAAGUGGCCCAGCCUCUGAACCUUUCAGCCAAACCCAAGACAUCUGAUGGCAAAUCUCCCACGUCCCCCACCUCUCCUCACAUGCCAGCUCUGAGAAUAAACAGUGGGGCCAGUUCACUAAAGUCCUCUGUGCCAGCAACACUAGCGAGUCCUUCAGCCAGAGCCAACACAAUAGGUUAUCUAAAUGACCACGAUGCUGUCACCAAGGCCAUCCAGGAGGCCCGGCAGAUGAAGGAGCAGCUACGGAGGGAGCAGCAGGUGCUGGAUGGGAAGGUGGCCGUGGUCAACAGCCUGGGUCUCAAUAACUGCAGGACAGAAAAAGACAAAACAACACUGGAGACCCUGACCCAGCAGCUGGCAGUAAAGCAGAGUGAAGAUGGGAAGUUCAGCCACGCAAUGAUGGAUUUCAACAUGAGUGGAGAUUCUGAUGGGAGCGCGGGGGUCUCGGAGUCGCGGAUCUACCGGGAGUCGCGCGGGCGCGGCAGCAACGAGCCGCACAUCAAGCGCCCCAUGAACGCCUUCAUGGUGUGGGCCAAGGACGAGCGCAGGAAGAUCCUGCAGGCCUUCCCCGACAUGCACAACUCCAACAUCAGCAAGAUCCUAGGAUCUCGCUGGAAAGCUAUGACCAACCUAGAGAAGCAGCCAUACUACGAGGAGCAGGCCCGGCUGAGCAAGCAGCACCUGGAGAAGUACCCAGACUACAAGUACAAGCCCCGGCCCAAGCGCACGUGCCUGGUGGACGGCAAGAAGCUGCGCAUCGGCGAGUACAAGGCCAUCAUGCGCAACCGGCGCCAGGAGAUGAGGCAGUACUUCAACGUCGGGCAACAGGCGCAGCUGCCGCUGGCCACGGCGGGCGUGGUGUACCCGGGAGCCAUCGCCAUGGCGGGCAUGCCCUCGCCCCACCUGCCCUCGGAGCACUCGAGCGUGUCCAGCAGCCCCGAGCCCGGCCUGCCCGCGCUGCCCGGCGCCUACGGGCCCAAGGGCGACGAGCCGCUCGUCAAGGAGGAGCUGCAGCCCGACGAGGCCAACGGCGACGUCUACGACGACUACGACGAGGAGGAGGAGGACCCCGAUGCAGACUAUGGCAGUGACAGUGAAAACCACAUGGCGGGCCAGGCCAACUGAUCGGGGCCGCCGCUCGCACGCGGGACUGCGAGGAGGAAAGGAAACACAUCGAUCAAUAAAGCCCCAGCUGGUUGAUCCUUGCCAGUGGCCAAGCACAUUAACUUUCUCAUACACUGACUGUUACUUUAACUGUUAGUCUUAACUAGUUGGGACAUCAGCUGACUAAUAGACAUCAGCCUGCAACAGAAGACAAAAGGCUCAGAAGAAAGGAAACAAAGACGACGACGACAACAACAGAAUGAUAUAAGCUAUGGGUAAAAUAAUGCCAGUAAUUCAGCUGCUAUACCCAAGCACUGAAGUCUUACCCGUUGACCUUUUAUUAUUAUUAUUUUUUUUUCAAAUAAACUUUAUGGCUGUUUGUUCUACAAUGUUCUAGAAAUUCUCACUCAGGUACACAGUGCCAACAAGUGGCUUGUGAAUGUGUUUUGUUGUUUUGUGCUACAGUUUAAAGAGAAAUAAUUUUUUUUUUUUUUUUGGUAAUGCACCUGACAGGAAAAAAAAAGAUAAAAUUCCUUUUAACCCCCUCUGUCUCCUCUUCCUCUUCCUCUUCUUCCUCUUCCUCCUCCUCCUCUCCCUGUCAAAUCUGGGUCAGAAGUGUGUGUGUGUGCGUGCCUGUGCGCGUGGCUGGCAAGGAAGGAAGUGGGGAGUCUUUCUGUUAACCCCAACGAGCAUUUCCUUUCAAGAGAGGACUUCUCUUCAUCAGUUGCACACCAUACUGAGUCUUUGAGCAAGUGCCAAAUUUGUACUAAAGCGCUGAACUAGUCCAAUUUGCUUUUUUUAGGUUGGUCACUUCUUGUUUUGUUUUCCUUUGGCUUUUCAUUUGCUUCUUGCUCUGUCUUAAGUUAGGACAGUAUUAUAUCUUAGACAAUCCCUUGAAGAACCUGAUAUACCAGCAGCUGGUGAGAUUAGACAUAUAUUUUUGCUUUUGCUUUUGCUUUUUAAAGGAAACUGUAGGUGCUGUUCUCAGGUGAAAAAAAAAAAAGAGAGAGAGACAUAAGAAAUUUAGAGAAAAAAUAUUUUAUGGUCUUGGAUUUUCAUGUGUGCGUGUUUAUGGUACUAAUAAGAAUAAUCUUGGACUAUCGUGAGCAAAAAACAUGUUCCAGAAUGAAGUACUGCACCCUCCAAGGGACUUGGUCUGUAAGAAACCUUUACUUUUAGUUUGCACUUCAAGUGGCAGCAUCAACAACAUAAAAGGCUUGUCCAGAAUGGGGUUUGUUCUGCACGGGACACAGCAACUGCAAAUGUUACCAAGUGCUGAGCUUAAUUGAGGUGCCCCCAGCCAGGCCCAGUUCUGAUGAACUCGUCCCUUCAGGGUGCCUGAGUACUGAUUUCUGAUUCAAAAGGCAAUUUUUUUCCCCACUGACUUCUUUUACCAGUGGGGCAUUUGCAUGGGAAGGAGGGCUGAUGGCUGUGAGGAGAUUCCCAAAUCCAGGUGGGGUUACAGGAGGUCAGCCCUGUGCAGAGCUGAGCUUCCCUCGCUGCUGCCUCUCUCUCACAGCUCAUCAUUCUCACAGCUGAUCAUUCUCUGUGCUAGACUGUUCCCAGCCUUGCUGUGGAGCUCUCCCACUGCCUGGGCAGCUCUGCCUCCCUCGGGCAGCCCAGCGUGAGGAGGGCUCUGGGGCUGCUCCGUGCCCUGCAGAGGAAGCCCUUGGCAUCGUGCUGAGGCUGCCCCUUCCUCUGAACUCUUCCUGCAGCUGAGGAUGCCAACUUCGUGUUGCUUCCCAGUGAAUUCCCGUCCCAUUGGGAGCUGCCCUGCUGCUGCUCUCCCCCCUAAGUUGUGCAUUUAGCCCUCAGUGGCAGUGAGACCCCAGCCAGCACUCACAGAACCCUGCUCAGCUCUGCCUGCCAGCCCUGAUUGUGCAGGCAGUCCCUCCAGCAGGCAAAGUCAGCCCUUGGUGCCAGGUGCAGGACCAUGACCAGGACAGGGGGCAGGGGGAAUGCCUUUCUUUGCCUCUGGAAUUCCCACUUGAAGUGUAACCUGACCUCUGCAGACCUGUGCAAAGCAAAAAGCAAAUGCCAUCCAACACUUAGGACAAUACUCCCAUGUUUGGGCACGUGACAGUUGCACCCUGCUACAUCUCCUUUCUUUUUCUCUCUUUUCCCCGUUUGGAUUUCCCCCUCUGCUUUGAAAAAUUCUUUUCUAUUUUCUCUCUCUCAGAAGAUUUGCUCUGAAAUUAUGCUUGGAGUAGCUGAUCAUAUCCUCCGUGUCAGAGAGGGUUCUUUUUUGUUUGUAUUUUAUGACUGUGUUGGGGUUUUUUUUUUUUUCAGUUGAACUGCCUCUUCUUGCUAGUGUUGAAUGGUAAUUAUAAUAAUAAUAAUAAUGGUCAGCUGUUCCCAGAUUAGUAAAUUAUGUAUAAUUUAUUUACACCCCCCCUUUUUUAACUUUAUUUUAUUCUGUUCUAAUUUGGCAGUGCAGCAAAUGAAGCUGUUAGGCUAUUUAAAAUGGAUACCCCUCCCCACCUUACCUUUUUAUAUAUAUAUAAAUAUAUAUAUAUACAUAUGAAAACAAAUCGCUUCUUCCUCUGCUCACACCAUUUCUCUUUCUUUUAUUUUAAUUUUGGCCCCAGCCAUGUCAACUUCUGAUGUUUAUUAUGAUGGAGUGAAUUAAUGGGAGUGUUGUUUUCAAUCUUAAUUAACUUCUGCUCUCUCAUCACUCAUUUUAGUUAUUUAAUUACACCAGUCAUCUAGAGCCAAUUCUUUUGAAGCACUCUGUUUGGAUAAGAAGGAAGAAAAAAGAAAUAGACAAUUGUUUUUAUAUCAUUACUAUGUACAAUGUGAAAACAGAUAUUUGCUCCUUUUUAUUUUAUUUUUUUUUUAACUUUCAAAUUUGUUCCCUGUCUUUGUGAACAAAUUACUUCUGACUCUUGUGGGUUCACCUCACGUUUGCUGGAUGCUUGAUCUCCACCACAGCUGAGAGACUCUCUGGUUUAAUUGUGCCACUCUGGCCCACCAGGAUACUUUGUUUUAGCUCCAGGUAGGUGCCAGGGGGGCUUGGAGCAAGCCCUGGGCUGGCACAGCUCGGUGGGCAGGGGCCCUUGGGCUUCAGUGGGACCAAGCUCCAGCCUGAAUCCCCUGGGGGAGCCUGGGGGGCACCAGGGGUGGGCACUGCCUGCUGUCCCUGGCACAGUGGGGCAGUGCCUGCUGUCCCCAGCCUGGUGUCCCUGGGCUCCAGGGAUGGGCAGUACAUGGUGUCCCCGUGCUGGUGUCCCCAGCCUGGUGUCCCUGGCACAGUGGGGCAGUGCCUGGUGUGCCCAGCCUGGUGUCCCUGGCACAGUGGGGCAGUGCCUGGUGUGCCCAGCCUGGUGUCCCUGGCACAGUGGGGCAGUGCCUGCUGUCCCCAGCCUGGUGUCCCUGGGCUCCAGGGAUGGGCAGUACAUGGUGUCCCCAUCCUGGUGUGCCCAGCCUGGUGUCCCUGGCACAGGGGGUCAGACAAAGCCCUCCCAGCUCCCCCCCUGCCCAGGCAGGGUGGCAGCUCCAUGCAGGUUCCCUUGGAGAGGCUGUGCCCAGCCUGCCCUUCCCUGGGGCUGAGGGAACGGGCUGCUGUAGCACUGUCCCCUCCUCCACCUUGGGGAUGCUGAAACUGAUGCAGAAAUGUUGAAAAGGAAAAAAAAAGAGGCCAAAAGAUGAAGACAUAAAUGUUUCAAAGAUGGCUCUGGGGUUCCAAACCAGCAAAAUGCUUCAUGCCCGUGCUAAUGUUUGCUGAGGUCCAAGGAUGAGCACCCACAUAUCCUUCAGCAGCUGAAGACCAGAUUUGAAAAUAGGGUACUGUUUGUCCCUCUUGAGUUUUCUGGGGAAAGAAAACCUAAAAAACAAAAAAAGCAAAAUAUGCAUUCAUAAAAAUUACCUUCUUGUCUUGUUCCUUUUUUUUUUUUUUUUUUUUUCCUGGGCUCUGUGCCCCGGAGCAGGUAGAAAAACCAGGUUAGAAAGGAUCAGGAUUUAUUGACCUCGCAGCUCCUGGAGGCCCUGAUGCCAGGGUGGGCUCUGUUCCUCUCUUCCCUGGAAGCUGGCGAGGCAGGAUGCUCCUGGGGGCUGCCUGGGGGGGUCAGGCACCUCCUCCUGGAUGGGGGAAGGCACCAUGCAUCUUGGGAGCUUGGGAAGGAGCAUCUCCAGCAGUGGGGAAAAGGGGAAAAGAAAGGAAAAAAACUGAGGCACUUGCUUCUAAGCUCAAUUAAAUAACACAGAGAAUAUCCUUUUUUCCAUUUAUUCAUGCCUUAUAUUAGUAAAAUAGGAUUUUUAAGUGCAUUUAACAUCUUUAUCUAACCGUUCCGCUGUAUUAAUCAGGCCCCCAGAAAAGAACACUAGCUAUUAUUAUAGCAUUUAAUUAGUUUUGUAACCAAAUCCUCUUAUUAUGAAUGCACAUGGAAGAAAUUCUUUCUUCGAAGACAUUAUUUCAAAGAUUUGGUUACUGCAGUAGACUGCCUUUAAUUAAAUCAUUUUUUAGAAAGUAAAUUGUCUUUAACCUUUUUACAGCACAUUUUCAGAGCUUUUUCUUUUUAAUCCAAAGAGCUGAGCUGUUAUUGUCCCCGAAGAAGCCUCUGACAUCCCGUUUGUAACAUCAGCAGUAAUUCCACUCCGUGGACGUGUAGGUCUGAGCAGGAAUUCCUCUGCUGCCAGGAGAGGCAGCUGUGGGGCAGCAGGGCAGGUGUGUGGCACAGGAACCUUCUUUGUCUGACCACUUCUGGUGGGACCAUCCCUCCGUUCUGCAGAGAACUCUGUCCUCCACCCCGUGUGGAUUCAAGUGUAUCCUCAAUUCACAGGGCAUGGGCUGUCUGUUUAGCUUGGUUUAUAUUUACAUUUUUUCGACUUUAUCUUAACUUGUCAGUUUCCCAGAUUGAAGAACGUGUCAAGUUCGUUUUUUCUACUGACUGAUUUCUCUACUCCCCAGUGUUUUUUGUCACUGGUUUGCUGAAACAGUAUUUAUAUAGCUCCAUUGGCUCUAAAGCUCUUACUCCUUCUAACGUUUUGGAUUUUACAAGUGAAAUGAAAAUAGAAAAGAAAUAGAGACAAUCAAAUGCCUGGAGCUUAAAACAAAGUAUGUGCAACCUACCAUCUCACUUGAAAUUUAAUAAAAGAAAUAAUUAUGUAAAUAUAACAUAGAGUUAUAGAUUUAUAUUUUGUUCAUAACACAUAGUGUAAUAUAAGUUGUAUAUUUUCAUGUUUUGGUUUUAUGUUAUCAUUCAUGCCACAAUAAAUGAAAAAAACCAGGAGUUGAUGUACUCUUUAAAAAAAAUACGAUGUGGAUUGCCACCAUCCUGGGUUUUUGGUUUUGGUUUUUGGGUUUUUUGUUUCUUUUGCAUUCCCCUUUUUCAGUAUUACUGCCCUGCAAGGCACCAAUAAAACAGCAAAUG